GGAAAGAGGAUCUAAAUGCUCCUAAUUCACCACAUUGUCUCUGGACUCCUACUGUCUACCAGCUACUGAUGAGAAACUGAGCCAUCAUAUGCUGAAGUGGCAAGCUCACCACCUGGCACAAAGGCACUCACUCCCCGGGGAACCACCUGAGGCUAAAGAACCUGAUGUGCAGCCUCAUCUGUGGAUGUGGGUAAAUCCAAGUCUGGCCUGCCCCAUCACAGGAAACCCCGGCAUAGACUCAGCAGGAUCUGACAGCCCAGUACUCUCCUCAGUCAUUGCUGCCACAGAAGCUUCCUCUACAAACACAUCCUUGAACUAUUCUAACCUGGACUGUUCCAAGGAGGAUGUGCUAUCAUCCUCCAGUGAGGCUGAGAAGCUUGAGGAUGAAGAUGCCUCAUGUGUCGACAUCCCUUUUCCUCAGAAGAUGCUGGAAACUCCCCAACCCAAGGCGAUGCCAGUGCUUCGGGAAGCAAAAGUCCCCAGACCUCAGACCAAGAAGCCCAAACGCACCAGGCAGGCGAGCAACAAAAUCAAGGGAGGCUGGCCUCGCCCCCCCCUUAAUUACUGCCUUCUCAUCACUCUGGCCCUGUGCAACAGUGCAGAUGGCAGUCUGACUGUACAACAGAUCUACCAAUUCACACGGCAGCACUUCCCCUUUUUUCAAACAGCCCCCAGUAGCUGGAAAAACACUAUCCGACACAACCUGUGCUUCAGCAGCAGCUUUGAGAAAACCACUCGCUUUGCGUGCGGUGAAGGAAACCGCAAGUUACGGCUUUGGAAACUAAUCCCAGAAGGACGCAAAAAGUUUCACGAGGAGGCACAGGCUCUGCCCAAAGAGGCUCUCAACUUGGUGCGCCAAAGCAUGAGUGAACCAGGUAGGUUUCAGAAGGUAGGAGCCCUGCUCUGGCCAGGGCAAACUGCAGAACAAGUCAGACUUUACAAGAUUCCCAUAGCAAGAGGGUUGUAGAUCUUGUGUGUAUGAUAAAAGUCGAGGAGAGCCGUGCGGAGAGGGCUCAGCUGAACAUCUGAUAAAGAUGACUCUGCCCAGAACAGAGUCCUUAUCUUCGGGCCUUAUUGACUUUUACCCAUAUUUAGGUAAAGGGAUAACUGAGUUGCUGUGUCCCAUCCAUCCCCAUGAGCAACGCAGACACUUUCAUUUGCUGUCUCUAAAGAGCAGCCUUUUCCCUGCUUGGGAGGGAAAGUGACAGAAGGGCACUGCACUCUGUUCAGGCACAAUUCUAUUCUUUUCACAUGUACGGGAAGCGUUUUCUGUGCACUCUGAGGAAAAUCGUAUUGGUUGCUCCUCAGAACUGAGGAGCUGUUGCAGAAUAUCACUGGGCACUUCUCCCAAGCUGAGGAUCAAGCUCAAGCUCAAGGCUCCCAACCAGUAUUGCUUGUGAGCACAGCAGGCAUCCAAGCCAGCACACAGUCAUCACAUGCUGCCAAACAUUUAGGCCUAUGAGAUUGUACUAGAUGCUUAAAGAUACUUGCAGAGAUACUCCCACAAGUGGGGCUUAGCCUCCAGACCACCAAAGAAUUGUUCUCUAAUUAAACAAACUAGGCUAAAUUAA